CUUGUGCCUUUCUUCUUUUCUUUUUUCUGAGGAAAAGAAAUGUUACAUGGUGUGCUCCUCUUAAAACUAGAGCUUCCACUAAUGAUUUCUAGUAUAAAAAGGUAAGUUACAAUGUAAAUGAUUCUGUAAUAUACUCUCACCAAGUUGAUCAGUUUCUCUUUGCAAGUUGUUUCAGUGCUUCUAGUGGUCACCUACACAACCCAACCCCUUAAGUCUCAUACCAUGUUUUUGUUUCAACUUCCUUGAACGUGGGUACCUUGCUUCUCUUUAUCCCUGUCAAAUCUCUAAUCUUGCUAAAAAGUUACAGACACCCUGCCAAAACCCAACUUGGAUUCUUUCGUUGUUUAAGGCGUGAACUGAAAAACUUGGCUAUACCUAUUGAUCAAAGUGGCCUACUCUAGUUUUAGUUGAAACUUUUUCUUGUUCUAUAAAUAGCCUAAACGUUUACACUUCAUUCUUCAUCAAGUUGUAGUAACCAUGACAUUGUCUGUAAUAUUCAUGUUGUCUUUUUUUAUAUUUUUUACUUCCAUUGAAGGAAGGUACUUUCACAUUUUCUCUAAAAUUUCAAUACCACCUGUUGCUACUCCUGCUUCUUCUCCUUCUGCUUUAUCUCAGGUUCCCAGUCCAAGUUACAUUACAAGUUUUCCUAGUCCUGUGCCCGAACCUGAACCUGAACCUGAAGCUAGUCCUGGUAGAGUUUUCAAUGUGCUAUCUUUCGGUGCUGUCGGUGAUGGUGCUUCAGAUGAUACACAAGCAUUUAAGAUGGCUUGGGACAGUGCUUGCAGCCAGAAUGAGUCAUCAAUUCUACUUGCUCCUUCUCGUUACAGUUUCUUGAUACAACCUACUAUCUUUACAGGACCUUGUAAAAGUAACCUUGUGUUUCAGAUUGAUGGAACAAUAAUGCCACCGGAUGGACCUAAAUCAUGGCCAAGAAACAUGAGCAAGAGACAAUGGCUAGUUUUCUACAGAAUCAGUGGUAUGUCAGUGCAAGGAGGAGGUGUCAUUGAUGGGAGAGGAGAAAAAUGGUGGAAUCUCCCCUGCAAGCCUCACAAGGGGUUUAAUGGAGCAACUUCUGCUGGACCUUGUGAUAGCCCAGUUGCCUUAAGGUUUUUCAUGAGCUCAAAUUUGACAGUCCAAGGACUUAAAGUGAAGAACAGUCCUCAAUUCCAUUUCCGGUUUGAUAAUUGUCAAAAUGUUCACAUAGAAAUGCUGAACAUUAAAGCACCAGCUUUAAGUCCUAACACAGAUGGGAUUCACAUAGAGAACACUAACGAUGUCCAUAUACACAAUUCAGUGGUAUCCAAUGGAGAUGAUUGUGUAUCAAUCGGAGCCGGUUGCCAUAAUGUUGAUAUAAGAAACAUAACAUGUGGUCCAAGCCAUGGAAUAAGCAUUGGUAGUCUUGGGAUUCACAACUCACGAGCCUGCGUGUCGAACAUAACAGUUACUGAUUCAGUCAUCAAGUAUUCUGAUAAUGGUGUUAGGAUCAAAACAUGGCAAGGAGGUUACGGCUCUGUAUCAAAAGUCGCAUUCCACAACAUUCAUAUGGACACAGUUCGAAACCCAAUCAUCAUAGACCAGUACUACUGCCUGACGAAGAAUUGCAGUAACCAAACAAGCGCAGUUUACAUUUCUGAUAUUUCUUACACAGACAUUAAGGGAACAUAUGAUGUUAGGAGUCCACCACUGCACUUGGCUUGUAGUGAUUCGGUUCCUUGCUCUAAUCUUAUAUUGUCAGAGAUAGAGCUGCUUCCUGCUAAAGGGCAGUUUCUCGCCAAUCCAUUCUGCUGGAAUGCUUAUGGAGCUAUGGAGACACUUAAUAUUCCACCAGUUUCUUGCUUGCUGGAAGGCAUCCCUCCAUUUGCAGCUCAAACCAUUGUUGAUCAGUGUUGAGUGCCCUUGAAUUAGACGUAAUGUGUAAAGUAAACUGGGUAGCUAUGGAUCAGCAAAAGAAGUUUCAAUACAAUUAGGACCUUAAAAGCUAGAACUUAAAAACUCAACAGCUGGAGUGUAUGUCAGUUGCCCAUCCAGUGUAAAAUUGGAGGUUGAAUCUUGUCCCAUAGUAAGAUUUAUUAGGCCAUCAGUUCAAACUGUGGAAGCAUCCUUUUCGCCAAGUAGGGGAAGGUUGCAUACAAUAGACUAUCUUCUCUUUAUUGUACACACAGCAAGAUUAUAUAAUGUAAAAUAUUUUGUUAUUCUCA